ACACAUUUGUUUGCUCUAACCCUUUCCUAAUCUUAUCUUUCAACUGUGAUAUCCCUUCAGUCCACACGAGAUACAUAGCUGCAAAAAAUGGUAGUGACAAGCUCCAAAGGCAGUGAAGCUGUUGGCGUUGGAUCCAACUAUGACAGGACAAGUGAAUUAAAGGCCUUCGAUGACUCAAAAGCUGGAGUGAAGGGACUUGUAGAUGCUGGUUUGGCUAAAGUCCCAAGAAUUUUCAUUCAUGACCAAAAAAUGAUCAUCAACAACGAACCAAUUAGCCCCAAUGAGGGCUCCGGGUUCGGCAUCCCAGUCAUAAGCUUAGAAGGCAUCGCCAAAGAUGCAGGUCAACGUGCCCAGGUCAUAAACCAAGUUAGACAAGCUUCUGAGAAGUGGGGGUUUUUCCAGGUGGUCAACCAUGAGAUUCCAGUCCAGGAUCUGGAGGAGAUGAUUGAUGGGAUAAGAAGGUUUCAUGAGCAAGAGCAAGCAGUGAAGGAGGAGAUUUAUUCGCGCGAUUAUACCAAGAAGGUUUUGUAUAAUACCAAUUUUGAUCUUUAUCAUGCACCAGCUGCUAACUGGAGGGACACCUUGUCUUGUGUUUUGGCUCCUCAGGCUCCCAACCUUGAAGAAUUACCUUCAAUCUGCAGGGAUGUAAUGGUUAAUUACUCGGAGAAAGUAAUGAGUUUAGGGGCCACUUUGUUUGAAUUGUUGUCUGAAGUGCUUGGGCUAAAACCCAACCACCUAAAGGACUUGGGCUGUGCUGAGGGACUAUUUUUUCUGGGUCAUUACUACCCAGCAUGUCCUGAACCAGAAUUGACGAUGGGCACAAGUCAACAUUCUGACAGUAGCUUCCUCACAGUUCUCCUACAAGACCAAAUUGGUGGCCUGCAAGUCCUCCAUGAAAAUCAGUGGGUGGAUGUUAAACCAAUUCAUGGAGCUCUAGUCAUUAAUCUUGGAGACAUGUUGCAGCUAAUCUCAAACGACAAGUUCAUAAGUGUGAAUCACAGAGUCUUGGCCAAAAAUGUAGGUCCAAGAAUUUCUGUGGCAUGUUUUUUCAGGCAGCAUCUUCCACCGGAAAAUUCUUCAAGACUGUAUGGACCAAUCAAGGAGUUGUUAUCAGAAGAAAAUCCUCCAAUUUAUCGGGAAACUACGAUGAAAGAUUUUGUUGCGCAUUACUACACGAAAGGGCUGAACGGGGUCCCUGCACUGGAAUAUUUUAAGAUAACCCAAUUCAGUAUUCCGGUUGUGGACCUCGGUGACACUGCCGGCAGGCAUGAUGACGUAGUUGCCAGAGUCCGGCGGGCUGCGGAGACCGUUGGGUUCUUCCAGGUUGUGAACCAUGGAAUACCCAAGAGAGUGUUGGAGGAGAUGUUGAAGGCCGCGCGUGAUUUCCACGAGCUGCCAAGGGAGGUGAAGGCUGAGUACUAUAGGAGGGAGCCGGGCGUGACGGUCAAGUUUGUGAGUAACUUUGAUUUGUAUAAGUCAAGGUUUGCUAAUUGGAGGGACAGUCUGCUUUGUGCUAUGGGUCCUGAUCCUAUUGAUCCUCAAGAAUUGCCUGUGGUUUGCAGAGACAUAACUAUGGAGUACUCCGAACAAGUUGACAAACUAGGUGUGACUUUGUUUGAAUUGCUAUCAGAGGCACUUGGGCUCAAAUCUGAGCACCUUAUAGGCAUGGAUUGUGCAAAAGGGCCUCUUAUUGCUAGCCACUACUAUCCUCCAUGCCCUGAGCCUGAGCUGACAAUGGGAACUAGCCAACACUCAGAUCCUUCUUUUCUCACCAUCCUACUUCAAGACCAUGUUGGGGGGCUCCAGGUUCUGUGUGAAAACCAGUGGAUUGAUGUUCCUCCUGUGGCUGAAGCUCUUGUAGUGAACAUUGGAGAUCUUUUGCAGCUAAUCUCAAACGACAAGUUCAUAAGCGUCAACCACAGAGUCUUGGCUAAAAAUGAAGGACCAAGAGUUUCUGUGGGAUGUUUUUUCAGACAUUUUUCACUCGAGAAUUCGUCGUCAAGUAAACUUUACGAGCCAAUCAAGGAGUUGACAUCAGAAGAAAAUCCCCCAAUUUACAGACAAACCACUUUGUAUGAUUUUCUUAUGUACUACUACAAGAAAGGCCUCAAUGGGGUCUCUGCACUUGACUAUUUCAAGCUCUGAAUUAGGCCAUGUAUAUAUAAUAUAUGUUUAUGCAAUAAUUAUUAAUCAGUC